AUUCAAAGUCAUUUAUAAUCAUUGUGAUGAUAACAUUGUAUAAGAUCAGAGAUAACCCUAUAGAUUGAUCUAAUUUAUUGUGGAUCAUUAUAUUCUAAUUAAUAAUUAUCACUAUGCAAGUUCCUUAUCGACCAGAUCACUCAAAUUUAACUGUAUCAGUUCAGCCAGAUGGUACCCUGAACCAAUCAAAUAAAAAACGAUGGGAUGUUGGCUUAUGUGAUUGUAGAUCAAUUAAACUAACACUUCUUUCGUGUUUCUGUCCGUGCUGUGUUUUCGGGAGCAUCACACAAGAAAUGGAUUACCCUUGGUGUAUUUGUUGCUUGAGUUAUUUGGUAGCGUUAUUUCUUUCGCCUAUCAUAUGGAUACAUGUAUUUUUGGGGUGCAGCUGCCGUAGACGUUUAAGACAUCAUUAUCGCAUCAAAGGUCAUAUUAUCUCUGACUUUUGUACUUCUCUUUGGUGUUCCUCAUGUAUGCUAUACCAGUCGGCAGCUCAAAUAGCUGUUGAACGUUACAAAAAAUUGCAACCCGGUGUUCAAAACCCUUAUACAACAGGAUUAUUUCGUAAAAUCGGUCAUAUAAUAAUUUCAUGUUACAGUAUUCCAAGACGCAUUCGUGAUGAACAUUUAAAUUCCCAAUCACUUUUGAACACGAAUAAUUCUACACUAGACAACACACAUGUGUCCAAUCUACAACCUGGAUUAAUCAAAACAGUUUGUGUACCAUACACAAGUCAACCAGUGCAACCACAUAUUGGCAUACAGUCGGCACAAGUACAAUCACACUUAACCUUACAGGCUCCUCAUUCUCAACUAAUGCCAGAAGCAGUUUUACCUACGACACAAGCAUCAGACGCUUUGGUACACAAAAUUCAAGGCAGCUCACAACUGCAACAAACUCAGAAUAUACAAGAUCUUAUUACGCAAUCAGAGCCUGGUGAAUCCGAGCCUAUUAUGCAUAUAUGAUGGAAAUUAUGGAGGUAAACGAAAAUAAAAGCAAAUCAUGACUGAAAAAAUGUUGGCGUUAAAACUAUCUUAUUGAUUGAACUUUACAUCAUUAAACAUGUUUGUGAAAUUUAUUAAUGGUUUCCAUCUAUACUCAAAUUUGUAUAUUUAAUAAAAUAUCUAGUCGGAAGAAA